ACAAGAGCAGAGUCGGUUGAGUGCUACCUGCAAGCGAGGACCUACUCGGAGUUACAGUCCCGAGUGCGGCGUUUCCAACAAACUUUUGCCUAGGGAACUGAGUGCGUGCGAUGACAGUGACCAACUUCAACAUGAUGCGUCCAUGUUUUUCUGCCGGUGGAUAUCCUUUCCAAGGCCAGGGUCGUGUGAACCAACUGGGUGGCGUGUUCAUCAAUGGUCGUCCGUUGCCGAACCACACUCGUCUCAGGAUUGUCGAGAUGGCUGCUGAAGGAGUGCGACCGUGUGUAAUUUCGCGCCAACUCAGGGUGUCACAUGGCUGCGUCUCCAAGAUCCUCAACAGAUAUCAGGAAACUGGCUCGAUAAGACCUGGAGUGAUUGGUGGCAGCAAGCCCCGAGUUGCCACGCCAGACGUCGAGAGAAGGGUUGAGGAAUACAGACGAGAUAACCCUGGAAUGUUCAGCUGGGAAAUAAGAGACAAUGACAAUCAACCUCAGGUUCCCGUCUUCUCGGCAUUGAUUGAUGCCGACGAUAAAUUGAUCAAGGACGGAACAUGCGAUCGCAGCAACGCACCGUCUGUGAGCGCGAUUUCAAGAUUGCUUCGCAGCAAAGACGGUGACAGCGACAGAAAACACGAUGGCAAAACGUCUGAUGAUGCCUCCGACUGCGACUCGGAGCCAGGAAUCACACUAAAGCGCAAGCAGAGGCGCAGCAGGACCACAUUCACAGCGCCCCAACUCGAUGAGCUCGAGAACGCCUUCAGCAGAACCCAGUACCCUGACAUUUACACCAGAGAGGAGCUGGCGCAGAGAACCAAACUCACUGAGGCUAGAAUACAGGUUUGGUUUAGCAAUCGUCGUGCUCGUCUCCGGAAACAUGUGGCCAGCAACGCCAGCUCAUACCCUUCCAUGGGUCUUCCGAUGGCUUCUUACUCGGCCUCCGGCGCUGGGACUUACAUGCUCCCACAGGCGCUGCAGACCGACGCAUCAUUCUCUGUUCCAACCCCUCCAGUGACUGAGAGCCUGUAUCCGUCGAGCCAGAGCACAACCAUGACCAGCAUGACAGGCCUGGGAAGCCCUGUGGAGUCGAAACCGGCGCCGACCACCUCGUCUGCGAUCACUUCGUCCUCGUACUCAUCGGGCCUGCCCACCAGCUCCAUCAUGCCGAGCUCGUACGCGCCGCCGUCGUUCAUCUCAUCUCAGAUGGCUCCAAGCCCGCACCAGCACUCAAACAUGGCAAGCAUGAUGGGCAGCAACGCCAGUCUGGCCAGCAGUGGCGGCGCCUACGGCAGCCACGGAAUGUCGCCGACCUCUGCCGGCGUUGCCGCCGUGGCUGAAGACAAUGCCAACUGCUGGCCGCGCAACCACCUGCUCUCUCCUCCGUCUAGCUUGACCGGCGCCGCGUCCACGCCGUCCGCCUUUAUGCCGUCCACGCCAUCCACAACUAGCCGCACCAAUCAGUUCACUUCCCUUUACCAAACGACAUGGUACUGACCAGCUGCAAAGUUUCCUUUUGAAUUACUUACUACUUUUAAAAUCUUACCCAUCAACUGAUAGUAUUUUGGCAGUAAUAUUCAUUUUGUCUCAUUUUAUUAUGAAGCAAAAGGAAAAAAAAUAUUAAAGCAGUAGGAGCAUUUUGAGGAUCUUCUACUGGCUACCCAAUAUCAGAGAUGGCAAAAGGAGAUCAAUAAUAUGAAUCGAAAUGCUCAUUAAGCUCAACAAGCUGGGAGGGGCCGAUUCGCCUUUUGUUGGUUUUCGCAUGAGGAACGAAUGACUAUCGUUUCAAUAAAAAGACCUUAGUGCGGGGAGGCGAAAAGAUGGCCAUGAUUGGGCCCAAGCUCCUCUGCGGCCAGUGGGGCCCCAUGCUAUCCGCUCAACGGUGUUCUCGGAACCAAGUGAGCUUAUAGCCUAGGGGAUGGCUGAUCGGAGGUGAAAAAGACCCUCCUAACUAGCAUGAAAUUGGGGCACAGCAGAUCUUUCCUGCAAAAUGAAAUGACUUUAAAUGCGAACUUUAAAGAAUCAAAAAUGACUUGUAGGUUCAAAAAUAAGCACAAAAUUGGUUCGUGAAAAUUAUAACCUAGCAGCUUUGUGCCUUAGAGCGUGCCCUCUUGGAAAAACUUUUAUAAAGAUGUAAAAUUAUGUGAAAUUGUGUAAAAUCCCCCUUUUUGGGGAACUUUCUGGUUUUGCUACAGAUAGCAAAAUUUUGUAUAAAUAUUCUUAAAUAUAUUUACAUAUUGUCCCAGUCAUUUUGGAUUUGUUUAAUAGAAUUGUAAAUCUUGUAUAUUUAUAUAUCGCAACAAUCAACUGUCUUCACAUGCAGAGACAAAAAUUAUGUAGAUAACUUAAACAUGCCACCCAGUUCAAAACUGAUAUUUAAUGUAUUUAAUGUACCAUACGUACCGUAUUACUUGACGUGAAGAACGAAUUUCCCUGGAAAACCUUACAUGGUUUAAACUGGAAUUCUAAGGCGUUGAAGAUAUGCAAAUGUACCCAUAUUUCGCGGCAAUCACAGUUUUGACCAGCCCGUUGUCUCGCAUUUUUAGGACAUCCUCAGGAGUGUCAAGGCAAUGGUAGAUAUUUGGGCAUUUCGGGGAUCUAAUGCUGGCUACCCAAUGUCAGAGAUGGCAAAAGUGGUUACUUUAGUGACUCAAAAUGCUCAAAUAGCUCAACGAGCUGAGAGGCGCACCGGCGCCGACUCGCCACUUGCUGGUUUUCGCACUGUUCCAGCGGCUCUAGGGAAGUUGAACUGAUGAUAUAGCCCAAUCAAGAGGAUUUGAAGGGCAAAGUGCCUUGAACUUAAUUUUCUCUCAUUGAUAGAUAAUCUUUGACUUUGGAAAAAAUCCAUUAUGGGGUAAAUUUAAUUAUUAAUUGAUUUUAAUUAUUUGUAAAUUUAUAUGAAACUGUACUAGACAAUCCUCGUCGCGAAAAAAUGAAAUAGGGCUGCAGUUGAUAGGCGAAACUAGUAGGCAUAAAUGAAACGACGACUUUUUUGCAACGAGGAAUGUCCGAAAUUUUCUUCUAUUUAUGAAUCCUCGAGUGUCACGUUCAAUCAAAUGUGUAUAGAUACUAUUAAUUUUUUUCGUUGAAAUAAGUAGUAGCAGCUACUUUGUAAUUUAUCAAAAAAGCCGAAUUGCAUUCAUAAUUCAUUUGAUUCAAUCUUACUCAAUUUUUUGCCAAGCAGCUAGGUGCUUAGUUAAAACGUGAAUAAUCUAGGGUGAUUUUCCCAUUUUGUAAUAAAAACUGACUUUGUCUUUGUUACUUUGCAAAACUCAAAUAGCAAUUUUAACUUGGAUGCCAUGUUGGCCAAUUUUGUGGCUGGAAAACUCUGAAAUUUGUGGCGACCAAAAGCGUCAAAAGUGAAUGCUCUUUCGGAGGGUUGAAGAACUCUCUUGAUAACCGCUUGUAGAGCGUUUUUACCGAACGAGCUAGCGCUCGCUGCUUGAUCAGUUUUGUGAGGGUAAGGGGUGUCGGGGCGAGACUCGCACCGAUUAAAACACUCAGAGUUCUGUGAACGCCGUGAGAAUAUGAAAAUGUAUUUUAUUUACUGCGCCGUCUAAUGCCUUACAGCUAUUGCACCCCUCCAGGGGGCGUUACUUGGAAAGUAAUUUUGCUUUUCAAAUAAUUUAUCUAUAUUUUAUUAGGUCAGUAAUUCUGAAAAGUAGAUGUAAUAAAGCUGCUGCCAGCUGGACAUAUUUGGUUCUUGUGGUCAGCCAUAAUUACCAUGGCUUACUACGCCAAACGCUCUGGUUUAAGAGCGGAAAAAGUGCUAGAGAAUAAAUUUGCCUAAGCUCUUUUAAACUCAACUAAAAAAACACCAGUUAGCAAGCUGUCGGGUCCAAAUCUUGCGGCUGCUGAUUGUGAGGUGAGAAAAGUUGAUACAAAUUUUAAAUGGUGCAAGUAGGCGAUUAGCGAGUCGUCAUGCACUUUGUACGUAACACUUGUUCCCUAGCAUAGAAAAAUCUUUUGUAAAAUAUGACAAAUUAUCCUUUAUGUAAAAACAAAUUUUUCCUAAUCUCUCCUAAUUCACGUUGUGUAUUUUUGUAAAUAAACUCUGCUGCCAGUAUUCUAUAUGGUCUUGAAUCUUCAUUAUAAUUAGCUUGAAUAUUAUUAGAUUCACUGUGUAAUAUUGAAACAAAUAAAAU